CCCCCAAACACCCAUUCUUUCUUCACUUGUUUCUCCUACAUUCACUCUCUUUUCUCCAUUUCCCUACAAUUCUCUCUUCACCUUCACCAAUUUAUUUAUUUUUAUUUACUAAUUUUGUAGAGUUUUUCCGCUAAGGAUUCCGUUUUAUUUCUGUUCACAUGAAGAUAUGCGCAGAGGAGAUUAUGACUACUGUUUGAGUCAAUGCAUUGCAUUUUUGAGUCUAGAAAUUUCGAAGAUCGAACCGUUUUUUGACGACCACAAUGGGCGCCUCACCUGCCAAAUUCUUGUUCGGAUUCCUCUUCAUCUCCAUCAUACUAUGGCUUAUUUUCACAUUUGCUUCCAGGUUGUUGACUGGGAUUCUAAGCCGAGUUCUGGGAGCAUCAGUUCAGUUCCGUGUUGGUGGAUGGAAAUGCUUGAGAGAUAUUGUUGUGAAGUUCAAAAAGGGCGCUGUUGAAUCUGUGUCUGUUGGUGAAAUCAGACUCAGUGUAAGGCAGUCCUUGGUCAAACUUGGUGUUGGUAUUUUUUCUAGGGAUCCGAAGUUGCAGAUUUUAAUAUACGACUUAGAAGUUGUGAUGAGAGCCCCCACCAAAAGUACUCAGAAAAGGAAGUCCAGGAAAUCGCGUGCUUCUGGUAGAGGAAAGUGGAUGCUCGUGGCUAAUAUGGCACGGUUUUUGUCUGUUGCUGUGACUGAACUGGUUGUAAAGGAAGGUGAGGUUGCAUCCUUUGGGUGGGAAACUGUGUCUGCUUGA